GAUUUUGCUCAGUUGUCAAGGCACAAGGCUUUUUAUAAAAAUAAGGGUGAAGGGGAAAAUUUUAGUUUUUGUAUUGAGGGAAGCAAUUAAAAGUUGCAGUAAAAACGCAAUUAAAUGGAAAAAUAAACUAACGCUGUCAACAAGUACUUGUACAUUAGAGGAACAUACUCGAGGCUUCAACACUUAACCCAGUUGUAAAACUUUUUGUGAAAAAUAGCUACAAACCUUUUCAGGUUGUACAACAAAAACAAAAUGUUUCGGAGUCGAAGUUGGUUUGGAGGGAAUUGGAAUCGCCCAAAGAAUCGCCUUUCACUGGAACACCUUAAGUACCUGUACAGUAUACUAGAAAAAAAUACCACAGUUUCGGAGAGUAAUCGCGGUCUCUUAGUGGAGUCUCUGCGUUGCAUUGCAGAAAUACUGAUCUGGGGAGAUCAGCAUGACUCUUCUGUGUUUGAUUUCUUUCUUGAGAAAAAUAUGCUGUCCUACUUUUUACACAUAAUGCGUCAAAAAAGUGGAGGCUCGAGCUUUGUGUGUGUGCAACUAUUGCAAACCUUAAAUAUUUUGUUUGAAAACAUACGUAAUGAGACAUCGUUGUAUUAUCUCUUGAGCAAUAAUCAUGUCAACUCAAUAAUUGUGCAUAAAUUUGAUUUCUCCGACGAGGAUGUAAUGGGCUAUUACAUUUUAUUUCUAAAAACGCUGAGCCUUAAACUCAAUACACAUACCAUACAUUUCUUUUACAAUGAACAUACAAAUGACUUUCCACUUUACACAGAGGCUAUUAAAUUUUUCAACCAUCCCGAGUCUAUGGUACGGAUAGCGGUACGCACCAUCUCAUUGAAUGUAUAUAAAGUUCAGAAUGCCAGCAUGUUGCGGUUUAUCAGAGACAAAACUGCUGCGCCUUAUUUCAGUAACCUGGUAUGGUUUAUAGGCAAACAUAUUUUGGAGUUGGACACUUGUGUGCGCACUGACAUUGACCACCAAUCGAAUCAGAAGCUUUCCAAUUUGGUAGCUGAACAUCUCGAUCAUCUGCAUUACCUUAAUGAUAUAUUACUACUCGAAAUAGACGAUUUAAAUGCCGUACUUACGGAACAUUUACUGCACAAGCUCUUUGUGCCGCUAUAUAUCUUCUCACUUACACCUGCGCCACCGCCUACCUCACUCGCCGUGGUUACACAAAAUUUAGCUGCGGUCUUAAAUCGACCGGUCGAUAUCGACAUACAAGAUAUCAACAAUCCACGUGUCUCAUCCAUUGUCGCCUUGUAUCUGUUGUCGUUGGUAUUCCUGGUGAUCACGCAUGCACCGCUUGUGCAUGCUUUGGCUUGGGUAAUACUCAAUGGCGACCACGGCGUUUUUAAAGAGGGCGCUGCUGAAAUAUUAAAUGCUUAUGUAGAGCAUCGUUUAGCUGUUGUGCCUGGCUUUGGUGAGCCACGUGAAAGUCUGGAACAAGCACUAGAGACUGUGGGUGCGAACUCGUCGAGUUAUAGCUAUGACGGUGAUAAUUUAAAUACGGUUGAGGCCACUGCUGGUACAAGUGGUGCUGCGUUGGCUUUGGCGACAAAUGCAGAGGCAAAUUUAGUUGUGACAACAACAACAACAACAACGAAAAUAGCAACGGAAGGCGCAGAUAGUGAUGCCGAACUGUCAGCACGUAAAAUUUCUGUAGGCAGUGCAAGUGCCGCGGCGCAAGUUGUGCUGAAUAAUGUUAAAUUGGGUAACAUCACUGACGAAGAGAAAGAAGAGCUACAGAAGCUCGUGCAGCCCACGCAAGCAUAUAGUGAAUUGAGCCGGCCAUUUUUAGAAAUGGUGCUAUCAGCGUUGGAUUGCACAGAGAAUGAUUAUCUGGCGCUUUUGGCGUUGUGCCUCAUUUACGCGAUGGCUUACAACAGAGGUGUGAAAAACGAGUGGUUCGAACAAGUGCUCUCCAAAUCUGCCAAGGGUUCCUAUAGUUAUAAAACGGAACUAAUAGAACGCCUGCUGCACAUAAUUUCACUCUCCAAUCAGCCUUCCUGCCGCAUACGUCUCAUAACAAUUGAAAUCGCAUUGCAACUGCUUGUGACCUUCAGCAAGCCGUAUACCGAUGAGGCCUGCAUCACAGAAGUGCAACAAGACGCAUUGUUUUCAGCGCGUAAUCAGUCUAUGGUAGUACUGCGUAAUUUCUAUAAAUCUGAAGACAUCUUUCUUGAUCUUUUUGAGGAUGAGUUUAAUGAAAUGCGCAAAACAAAUUUGAAUGUAGAAUUUUUGUGUAUGGAUUCAACGAUACUCUUACCACCGACUGGCACUCCACUGACGGGCAUCAAUUUCACACGCCGUCUACCAUGCGGUGAAGUGGAAAAAGCGCGUCGCGCUAUACGUGUUUUCUUUCUGCUACGCCGUACAUGCCAACAGUUUUUAAAUGAGAAAGAAACAUUGCUGCCCUUGACAAACACUAUGCAUUUAGUGCAGGUUGACAACGUACUGGACUUAAAUAACAGCGACUUGAUUGCCUGCACUGUUAUCACCAAGGACAGCACCAAGCAGCGACGAUUUCUUGUCAUAGAUUCGCUGCAACUAAUACUCGUUGAGCCAGAUGCCAAAUUGCUUGGCUGGGGUGUAGCUAAAUUUGUGGGCUUCCUGCAGGAUGUUGAGGUGGUGGGCGACAAGGAUGAUUCGCGCUGCCUGCACAUCACUGUACAUCGUGGCGGCGCGACGCACAAUCGUACGCCGCUACUAUCAGCGAAAUUCCUAUUCGACGAUCACAUACGCUGCAUGGCUGCGAAGCAAAGGUUAACGAAGGGCCGCAGCAAGGCACGUCAGAAGAAAAUGUACCAAAUUGCGCAACUCAUCGAAAUACCGGGCCAAGUAAUCGACUCGCCCGUCUAUGCCGUGGCUGGCCUUCGUGCUGGUAGCGUCGCUAGCAGCAGUUCUCGUUCUUCACGCGAACACCGUCCCAUAUUGUCCACAGCGAAUCGUGUACCCGGCUUUGCUGCAGCUUUAAAACGUGAAUCAAACAAUAGCGGCGGCGUGUGCCGCAUACAAAUGGCGCAGAAUCGUUCCAUUGAAGGUAUACGUAAUGAAAAUGUCGGUCGUCCGCGUCGACGCAACUCCAAUUCCAGCUCACAAUCAUCAACAUCACAAACGCGUGAAUCAAAUGGAUCGACAGCACGCGAACAUUCGCCUAGCAGUUCGUCACAGUCGCGUGAGAAUUCACAGAAUCGGGCCUCAACACGUUCGCGUGAUAGUAGUCCGCGCGUACCCAGACCACGUUCUGAAGAAAUUCCACUUGAGGACUUUCAACAUUCGCGUAACAACAGUCCACAUUCACGUGCAAACUCCUCACAUGUUAAUACGCCAACACGUGCACACACGCCGUCACGCGCAUUAAAUUAUGAGCAGAUCGCUAUUCCGGUGCAUAAUGGUAUACCGCGCGAGACGCAUUCCCCGGCGCCGCUGCACGCGUCACAGCUAAAUGGUGUUGCUAUUGCGAAGGAAGUUGUAGUACCCGUUGCCAACUCUGAGGAGACAUCGUUCAUUGGCAGCGAGGAAGGAGCGUCGAGUGAUCAAAGACGGCGGGGCAUUAUCGAAACAGUAUAAAGCAUAUGAUUUGCUAUAAAUAUCUAUUACGUUAAUAUGGAAGAUGCUAUACUUUUUCAUGGUUUUCGUUUUCGGUAAAUAUCUACAUAUAUAUAUAUUAACACAAAGUAAAAGCAAUAGAAAUGGGUUUUGUAAAAUGUUUAUUGUAGUAAUUAUUAAAUUUUAAUACUUGGAAGUGGGCCUUUUGCUUAAUUUGGAUUUUUUUAGAAUUAAAGGUUCAAAAUGUUAGAUUCAAAUUGUGACAAAUAGUAACUGUAUUCAAUGAUGUAUUUUAAUAAAUUAUAGUCCUUGACCCUUGACUUGUUUAGACUUAUAAGCUGAGUUUUAUCACGAAAGAUCUACUAAUGCCAAUUGUGAAUAAAAUUUAAUAAAAAAUCUAAAGUUA